GCAAAGGCCGGGAGCGCUGCGGCGAUGCAGGUCCCCCUUUUCACGGUUGAUGCCUUUACAAACCGGCCGUUUUGUGGAAACCCCGCGGCAGUUUGUCUGCUCGAAAAUGACUUGGAUGAAAAUUUGCACCAAAGAAUUGCGACAGAAAUGAACCUUUCCGAAACUGCCUUCAUCAGAAAACUGCACCCUACGGAUGACUUUACCAAAAGUUCCCGCUUUGGACUCCGAUGGUUCACCCCGGCCAAUGAAGUUCCUCUCUGUGGUCAUGCUACACUUGCCUCAGCUGCUGUUUUAUUUCACAUAAAAAAAAACCCAAACUCAGUUCUUACUUUUGUGACUCUGAGUGGGGAAUUGAAAACAAGACAAGAGAAAGACCAUAUUGUGCUGGACUUACCGCUUUACUCAACCUACCCACAGGAACUUCGGGAAGUAGAAGAAUUAAUAAAGGCUGCCACUGGUGACAUGAUUGUUCAAGAUCUCCGUUAUUCUCCUGACACAAAGAAACUCCUGGUCCGUCUCAGUGAUGCUUAUGAAAGGUCUGUGCUGGAAGAACUACAAGUGGGUGCACAACGUUUUCUGUCAGCUGAAAAAACUGGGAAAGUGAAAGGACUCAUACUCACUCUGAAGGGAAAGCCCAAUGGAAACGACAAAGGCCAUGAUUUUUACUCCAGAUAUUUUGCACCUUGGUACGGCGUGCUGGAAGACCCUGUUACAGGAUCUGCCCAUGCUGUUCUAAGCAGCUACUGGUCAGAGCAGCUGGGAAAGAAAGAAAUGCUUGCUUUUCAAUGUUCUCGACGUGGAGGAGAGUUGAAGAUUUCACUUCAUGAUAAUGGAAGAGUUGAAAUUGCAGGGCAAUUUGCUAUUGUAUUGAAAGGAAACUUGACUUUAUGAAGAAACUGACACUAACAGUAUCAUGUAUCACACCUUUAUAUUACUCAUAUUGUGUUGAUUGUAUCUUAGUUUUAGGCAGAGCGCUACCACUGUCCUCUAAAAUCUUUGAUUACUUAUUGUCCAUUUUUAAAAAUUGCUUGAAAACGUUCACUUUUAAUCUUGAAGAUCCCUGGUAUCAUUUCCUUCACUUUCAUGUCAGGAUUUCAUCUGUAAACUGAUCUCAGAAAUUGUCCAAGGACAUCCCUCUUAUUUUUCUGCUCUUAAAUAAUUCUUUUUUUCUUUUUUCCUUUUUUUUUCCCCAGUUUCCACAUUAAAAGUCACUUGACCUUCUGGAUUGAUUUAUAAACUUCUUUAUGUGACAAAACAAUCAAACUGACUAUAGUCAGCUUCCUUUCUCUGCCACAUAUUGAAAUGAUUCUUCUGUUCAUUAAUUUACUUGAAUUAAAACAUGAAGAAAAUACAAAAGGUUUGGAAAUAGAGCUUUUUUUUAUGAACAGUCCUUUUCAUGGGUAAAUGUAAUUGCUGUGACUUACAGUUCUGCUUAUUCAACACUUCACAUUUAUAAUAAAUUUAAGAGAUUGGCAUAGUGAUACCCUGAAGACUGUUAAAAAAUGGAAAAAAAGAAAAUGUUAUUGGUUACUGUAAUGUCACUUACUUUUGAAGGACUGAGGAUUUACUCAUAAAUUAAAAGUUUGUUCUCUAAUAUUCUUCAGUGAGCAUGCUGAUUCAGAUGUCACUUUUUCCUUUACUGUUCUUAUCUUUUUCUGGGUUUAUUAGGAAUACCUGAAGUAACUGAGUUACUCCAGCUGAAGUUCUGUUUUCCCUUUCAGAUCACCUUUUUCCUAAACUUUGAAUUAAUUCCUUAAUAGAGUCCAAUCCCCUGCUGAAGCAGGUUCCCUACAGUGUGUUGCACAGGAAAGCAUCCAUGUGGGUUUUGAUUAUCUCCACAGAAGGAGACUCCACAACCUCUCUGGGCAGCCUGUUCCAGUGCUCUGUCAUCCUCAUAGUAAGGAAGAUCUUUGUUGUGUUCAGAUGGAGCUUCCCGCGUUCCAGUUUGUGCCCAUUGCCCCUUGUCCUGUAGCUGGGCGUUGCUGAAAAUAAUCACAGAAUCACCAAGGUUGGAAAAGACCUUCAAGAUCAUGCAGGCCAACCAUCCACCUACCACCAGUAGUGCUCACUAAACCCUUUCCCUCAACACAAAAUCCAAACGUUCCUUGAACACCUCCAGGGUUGGUGACUCCACCACCUCCCUGGGCAGCCCAUUCCAGUGCCUGAAAAUAAUGUGCUGUGAAUUCAAAGGCAUUGUCACAGUGUGGGAACAGCUGAAUCUUAUAUACAAUCCUUUAUAAAUGCUGAAGAACUUAGUUGUGACAAAUUAUUGUAGUUACAGAUAUUUUGAAUUUCAACACUUUUAACUCACUGAAGCCCAAGUAUCUGGGGGCAAAUAACAGAGUGAAAAUCCUAGGAUUUAUUUAAAAUAUAAGUUCCUUGUUAUUGUGACUGCACAGAACUUACUGAGUAUGUGAUUUAAAUGCCACAAAGCUUGAGAACUAGGUGGCAAGCAAAUCAACACAUUGAAAUGCAUGUCUUCCUGUAUUAAGGCUUGCUGAAGUUCAGGGACCUGAUAUACAAUUUAUAAACGUGGAGUCAUUGUAGGCAAGGCACUGCAAUGGAGACAGCUCAACAGCAGUGUCGCAGUGGCAUGUUUUGCAGUCACCUUGAUCUUGUCUUCUCAUAAAGCAAAUCACCACUUUCCAUUUAGUGCCUUAAACCUCCUUGAGCCCUCCUGCAAGCUUGUUUUGCUGCAUUUGCUCCUUUAGUCUGGUUUAUAAAAGUGUGAGUCUAGUCCAUUGUCUGAGAUGCUUUCAAAAAAAACAACAACCCACCUCUUUAAGAAUAUAAAUGAUCUAAAACAGCAAUUAUUGUUCAUCUGUUGACAUUUAACAAAUAGUACUUUUUUUCUUUCUUUCUUUUUUUUUUUUUUAUUUUCCCAGGGGGUGCUAAUAAUGAACAAAGGCUGGAAAAUUUUAUAUAUCUCUGCUAUCUAAAUUUCCUGACUAAAUGAAUAAACUUGCUGCUUGAUGCA